AUGCGGGGGGCUCCUGGGAACUGGGCUGGAGUCGAGCUAGCGCUAGCCAGGCGCAAGCGCGCACGGACUGCGGCCGCCCGAGGACCCCCCUCCUCCCGGCCACCCGGAGACCCUGGCGCAGAAUCGUCUCUGAAUCCCCGGCAGUCGGCGGGAGAUGACGAUGAUGAUGAAGAGGAAGACGAAGAGGAGGAGAUUGACGUGGUGACGGUGGAGAAGCGGCGCUCCACCUCCAACAGCAAGGCGGUCACCACCUUCACCAUCACCGUGCGCCCCAAGAGCGCCGCCCUGGGGCCAGGGAGGGCCCCGCCCGGGGAGCUGAUCCUCAAGCGCUGCGCACCCAUCCACCAGCAGCACAACUACGCCGCCCCGUCCCCCUACGUGGAGAGCGAGGACGCGCCGCCCCAGAAAAAGAUGAAGAGUGAGGCGUCCCCGCGGCCCCUCAAGAGCGCCGUCCCCCCCAAGGCCAAGAGCCUGAGCCCCCGCAACUCCGACUCCGAGGACAGCGAGCGGCGCCGGAACCACAACAUUCUGGAGCGCCAGCGCCGGAACGACCUGCGCUCCAGCUUCCUCACGCUCAGGGACCACGUGCCAGAGCUGGUGAAGAACGACAAGGCCGCCAAGGUGGUCAUUUUGAAAAAGGCCACCGAGUACGUCCACUCCCUGCAGGCCGAGGAGCACCAGCUGUUGCUGGAGAAGGAGAAGCUGCAGGCGCGGCAGAAGCAGUUGCUCAAGAAAAUCGAACACGCUCGGACUUGCUAGACGCUUCUCACAACCGGGGAGUCGCUGCCACUUUGCACAUUUUGAUUUUUUUUUUUUUUUUUUAACAAACAUUGUGUUGACAUUAAGAAUGUUGGUUUACUUUCAAAUCGGUCCCCUCUUUCCCCCGUGGAGUUUGGAGCCGGGCGGGGAGCAGGACAGUGAGGGUUCCGCCAGGACCUGGGGCCGGGGCCCAGAGCCCGGGGCGCCUCCCUGGCGCCUCCGAGACACCGGUCCAGUCGGUGACCGUCGGGAGCCUCCGGGGCUGCGGAAGUCACCUUGCUUGUUCCAAGUUUCCAAACCACAGAACGUCAUUCCUUCUUUUAAAAAUGGUGCUUAAGUUCCAGCAGAUGCCACGUAAGGGGUUUGCCACUUGAUACCCCCCGGGGAACAUUUCUGUAAAUACCACUGAUACACCGCCUUUGCGGGCGUCCUGGGUAAGGAGAGGUGGCUGUCGCAGCCAGUAUUAGACUGGAAGUUCACACCUAAGUACUGUAAUACCUCAAUGUUUGAGGAGCAUGUUUUGUAUACAAAUAUAUUGUUAAUCUCUGUUAUGUACUGUACUAAUUCUUACACUGCCUGUAUACUUUAGUAUGAUGCUGAUACAUAACUAAAUUUGAUACUUAUAUUUUCGUAUGAAAAUGAGUUGUGAAAGUUUUGAGUAGAUAUUACUUUAUCACUUUUUGAACUAAGAAACUUUUGUAAAGAAAUUUACUAUAUAUAUAUGCCUUUUUCCUAGCCUGUUUCUUCCUGUUAAUGUAUUUGUUUAUGUUUGGUGCAUAGAACUGGGUAAAUGCAAAGUUCUGUGUUUAAUUUCUUCAAAAUGUAUAUAUUUAGUGCUGCAUCUUAUAGCACUU